AUGGCUAUCUCAGCCAUGGAAUUUGGCAGUAAGGCGGUUGCAAAGUCCAUGGCUUCCAGCUGCAGCACCAGAUUACAUCUUCCAACUGUGGCAAGUUCCAUUUGCUGUGCCAGGAAGGGAAAGCUACGGCAGUUUUGUGUGAAGACUGGUGGCGACAAUUGCAAAGUGAGUGCGGAUAGAGUCCAUGGAAGCAAGAUGAAUGAAGUGGUGCAUGGUAUUGAGGCUUCUUUGACCAUGGGGAAUGGAACUGCAGUGCUCCAGGAUGAUGAUGGUGGAGUAAUGCACACUUACAGGCUUGGGAGGUUUGUGGAGGAGAGAUACGUUUACAGGCAGACCUUUGUGAUCAGAUCUCAUGAGAUUGGACCUGAUGAAACAGCAACCAUGGAGACCCUCAUGAAUCUCCUGCAGGAGACAGCUCUGAAUCAUGUCAUGAGCUCUGGCCUUGCUAGUGAUGGAUUUGGUGCGACACAUCAGAUGAACCUUCGGAAACUAAUAUGGGUUGUUACUAGAAUUAAUAUUCAGGUUGAGAAGUACAGUCACUGGGGAGAUGUGGUUGAGAUUGAUACAUGGGUAGCAGCAUCCGGGAAGAAUGGUAUGCGUAGAGACUGGAUGAUCCGAGAUUGUAGCACACAAAAGAUAAUAACAAGAGCUACAAGCAACUGGGUAAUGAUGAAUAGAGAAACAAGAAGGUUGUCCAAGUUACCUGAACAGGUAAGGGAAGAGGUAAAACCCUUCUAUCUGGACAGGAGAGUAUUUUUUGAUGGCAGCUGUGACAAUGAAAAAAUCGAGAAAUUGACUGAAGAAACUGCAGUGAACAUCAAAUCUGGUUUAGCACCAAGGUGGAGUGACAUGGACGUCAAUCAACAUGUAAACAAUGUAAAAUACAUUGGAUGGAUAAUGGAGAGCGUUCCCGUAAAUGUACUGGAAAACUAUCAUCUCACCAGCAUGACUCUUGAGUACCGCAGAGAAUGCAGGCAGUCGAAUCUUCUUGAGUCCCUCACAUACCUUACUGCAGCCGAGGAAGACCCUGUGAAUGUGAAUACAAGUUUGCACAGCAUCCAGCUGCGAAGCACACACUUGCUUUGCCUGCAAGAGGAUAAAGCAGAGGUUGUGCGUGGCAGAGCAAAAUGGAAGUGCAAGUAGCACAUAUAAUCAGCCACCAUCAAGAAAUUUAAUGUCUACAUAAGUAGUACUAUGUCAUUCUUUUGUUUGUUGUUUUUCUCCUUCUUGCUGAAUUUCCUUCUAUUCUUUGAGAUGUACAGCAGAUUUGGUAGUGCAAUAUGCACGCAAGCAUUCUGUUAUCAUCACAAAGCACAUUAAGUUUCUGAUUGAUAUACCUUGUCGUCACCUUGUUGUAGCCCCAAGAACAUAUUUUGUAAGUCUAAUUCUAUGCACACAAUAAUGUUUAGGUGUAAUUCUAUGCGCAACAGAUGCCAAUAUGAUUUAAUAGAGUGAGGAAUUAAUAAA